AUGGAAGUUAGAAGAGUUUAUGAUGAAAGCAACAGUCCAGCUAGGCAACCAUAGUUCAUGAAAACUUUCAGGAAUAAGAUAUCCAAAACCUUCAUGUAUAACUUGGGAAGGAAGCUAUCGAAGGAUGAAAGGGGAGCAAGUCUGCGAUAUCUAGAAAAUAAAGACUUGAUAGAUUAUAAAAUAGUUGUACCUGAAAUAAGACCUCUCGUAUAUGAAGACUAGUCACUUGAAUACAAAGAAAAACUAAAGAGUAGGUAGAAAUAUAAAGUAUAAGCUACUUUACAAGAUCAUCGGAAUUUACAGGAGUUCAAGUGCAACUUCACUCCAAUCUUUAAAAAUGAAAGUGGCACUGCUAUGAUAUCCAGAUAUAAUCUUGAAUCAAACCAUAUUAUGGAAUUGUCCACUCAUAGUAAUAAUCAGCUAAGUUCAUCUGCGAUGAUUAACAGCAAUAGUCUUUAAAAGCUACCGAAAACAAUAAGGCUUCCUGCUACAGAUUAGCAAUUUAGAGUUAAUAGAGCAUAUUUACUAAGCAGAUAAAAAGUUUUAACUUAGAAUUAGAAUCUGAUCGAGGAUGCAGAUGAAAAAAAUCUUAAGAAAGUAAAGGAAAACCACAUUGAAAAGUAGGAAAUCAAAAAUACUGUCCAGAAAUGGUUGAAUAGAAGAAAGCUAAAGAGAAUAAAAUUGGAAUAAAAAAUUAAUAUGCUUGAUAGUUAAAGAGAUGCAAUAAUUUAGAGUUAGAAAUCAUUGUCAAGAUCAAAGAGUAAAAACAAAAAGUUGAGUAGAAAAGAAAAAAAAAUAACGAGAAUUAAGAAAAAAUCAAACAUGGAGCUAAUGUCACUUAUCUAUUAGGAAGACCCUUUAAAAGUUUCUACAAUGAAUACUUAGAGCACUCUAGAAAUGAUCAAGAAAAUGAGGAAACAUUAUAAAAAGCAUAGGCCUAAGUCAAUGAAUCGAAUAAGAACUGCUUAAAACUACAAAGGGGAUUUUGAAAAUAUUUGUGAUUUCAGCAACAACUUGAAACUUUCGAGACAAGCUAUUAAUUUUAAUGAUGACGUUGGCUAUUAAAAUCAUAGAAUUCUAGGUUAAUAAGAAGGAGGAGGCUUAUAUAAUAAAUAAUGCAGUUAGUCCAAUCAUUCUAGAACCUAAAUCCAUUUCCUGUUUAGAAGCAUGAGUAAUUAUCCUUCUGGCUUCUGCAUCAAGACCUGUAUCUUUACAUAGCACAGCCUAAACCUUAUGUAUCCUGCCACUCCUAGUGAAUUGAUCCAGCCAAGUCUCCUUCAGAUAGACUAAGUCAAUUGA